AUGGAUAAUUACUCGGCCUCCCCUUCCAAUGUCUUUCGACCCCGCCGAUCGGACGACUGGCACGAAUAUCGAGAAAUCAUCGAGCAGCUCUACCGCAAUGAUCAGUUGAAACUGCGUGAUGUUAAACGCAUCAUGGAACGAGAUUAUAAGUUCUUUGCCUCGUACUACUAUCCCCUUUUUCCUUUCUUCUUCUCUGUCGUUAUCUGCCCCAUCCUCGGUCCCCGUUAUAGAUCCUCCCCCCCACCUUUCUGGCAAUAUCCCCUAACGUCGGAAUCCAGAGAAAAGCAAUACAAAGAUCGGCUCGCCGCAUGGCAUGUGCGAAAGAAUAUUAAAGCCAAAGAGGUCCACCUGAUGCUUCGCAAGCAGCAGAAGCGCGCCGCCCAGGGCAAACAGACGGCCUUCCGCGUAAACGGACAGAACGUCGAUCCAAAACGUAUCGCCCGCUUCGUGCGUCGCUACGGCACCUCGUGGGAUUCCAACCGCGGCAAAGAGCCCGAAGCCGAACCCCAAAGUCCCGAGCCCCAAACCCCGUCCGACAUGACCUGCUACACCCCGGAACCCACAGAUGAACACAGCACCACGCCAAUCUCACCAUUGCCCGACAUGCAGUCGCCCACUCGCGAAAUGCCGCCCUUCCCGCUCGGCUCAUACGGUAAAUCCACGGUCGUUCCGGUGAGUGUGCGUAUACCGAAUGAUAUUGAUGGAAGAUGUCCCGCUCUAGACCCCAAUCAUAUCGAAAAUCUGCCCGACCUGGAACUGGACGAAGGCCCCGGUAUGCCGCUGGCCAUGCAUUCCCAACCUCGCCAUCCCCACUCCUACCACCACUCAAUAGGGAACCAUCUUUCUCAUGGCGCCCACAAUGCCCACAAUGCCCAUGGGACUCACGCUGUCGCUCACCCCCACGGUGCCCAUAAUGCUCACAAUGUCCACAAUGUCCACAAUGCUCACAACGCUCUCAACGCCCACAAUGCCCACAAUGCUCACACUCACGCUCACGGGCAACCGGGACCAGCACCACGGGAUUUGGAGGAUGCACCCGGUGAAGACGACACCCACCCAUCUGAUUGGAACACGGUGGAAUCGUUCCAGACCCGACUCCAGGAUCUGGAUUAUACGCUUACGCAGUCGAUGUCGAAGUGGGCUAGUCAGCAGGAUCCGAACUCGGAGAUUCAAGGUAACCAUGAAGGACUGGGGAUGUGA